UAAGAUAUAUCGGAUGAGUCAUCAUUGCUUAUUUCUAUGACAAAAAUAAUUAAUACGUUGCAUCGCACAGUGAAAAAAAUGUACCUAAAUACGCAACAAGUACAGCAUAAAAGUUUUUUUUCACGUUGUAGGUUUGAAGUGUUCACGUAAACAUUUUAUAUGUCAUAUGCUUAUGCAAAUACAUUUAGAAUGAAAUAUUUAUUAGUUGUAUAAUUGAAAUUAAUAUAUAAACAAAAAAAUGGAAGGACACGAAGAUGAUGAAUUAGAAGAUUUAAAUUCAACUAUUUAUACAUUUCCACCAAAUGUACAAAAUGUCAUUGAACAGGUUUUGCCUAGUACGGAUCCAUUGGACCAACCAAAUUUUAAUGUAGUAGAUUAUAUAAAUUCAUUGUUCCCAACAGAACAGUCUCUAUCGAAUAUAGAUGAUGUAGUAAAUAAUAUGGAAUUAAAAAUACGCAAUAUAGACAAAGAAAUUCGUUCUGUAGUACGUGGACAAACAAAUGUAGGUCAAGAUGGAAGAGCAGCAUUAGAAGAUGCACAGAAAGUAAUAAAACAAUUAUUUGUGCAUAUCAAAGAUAUUAAAGAUAAAGCAGAACAAUCUGAAGAAGUUGUCAAAGAAAUAACAAGGGAUAUUAAACAAUUAGACUUUGCUAAAAGAAAUCUCACUGCCUCAAUAACAGCAUUGAAUCACUUACAUAUGCUUGUGGAAGGUGUAGAUACUUUAAAAGUAUUAACACAAAAGAAACAAUAUGGUGAAAUUGUUUUACCAUUACAAGCAGUGAUGGAAGUGAUGCAACAUUUUAAUAGUUACAUGGAUAUACCUCAAGUAAAACAAUUGUCUGACGAAGUACGUCAAAUACAUGUUGAGUUGGCUCAACAAAUUACAGCAGAUUUUAAACAAGCAUUUUCUGGUCAAAAUCCAAAAUAUUUUAAUCAACUUACAGAAGGUUGUUUAGUGUUGUCUGUUUUGGAUCCUAAAGUCAAGAAAGAUCUCCUUACCUGGUUCGUAGGUAUUCAAUUACAAGAAUAUGCACAUCUCUUUGAUGAAAAUCAAGAUUUUGCAUGGUUGGAUAAAAUAGAUCGACGCUAUGCUUGGAUAAAGAAACAUUUAUUUGAUUUUGAAUCAAAAUUUGGUGCAAUUUUUCCUCAAGAUUGGGAAAUAUCUGAACGAAUUGCUGUGCAAUUUUGUCAUGUUACAAGAGAAGAUCUUACAAAAUUAAUGCAUAAGAGACGUGCUGAAAUAGAUGUCAAACUAUUACUUUAUGCAAUUCAAAGGACUAGUAAUUUUGAAUCAUUAUUAGCAAAAAGAUUUAGUGGUAUUACUUUAGAAAAUUUGGAUGUAGGAAAUAAAAAAAAUACUACAGACAUGACUGAUAAUAAAGUUCCAGGCAAUCCAUUUGAACAAAAUGAACAAGUACAAAAUGAGAAACCAAAACCAUCAUCAUUUUUAAAUCUCAUAGGAAGAUGUUUUGAACCAUAUUUAAAUAUUUAUAUAGAAAGCUUAGAUCGUAAUCUGGCAGAUCUAAUGGAUAAAUUUGUAUCAGAUUCUAAAACACAACCACCUGGUGCUAAAGAUAGUGAUGGUAUUGAGGGUCCUAGUAGUGUGUUAUCCUCGUGUGCAGAUCUGUUUGUAUUUUAUAAAAAAUGUAUGUUACAAUGUACACAACUUAGUACAGGUUCAAUUAUGUUAAGUUUAGCGGAAACUUUUCAAAAAUAUUUACGUGAAUAUGCUCUUAAAAUAUUGCAAAAUAAUUUACCUAAAAUUGGGGGUAGUGCGGGAAUUGCUACCAGUAUGAGUAGUAUACGUGAUUUUCGAGAUCUUUCAACAUCAGGUUUUAUACAGAAUUUCCAAAGUUUUCUAAAGGAAGGUGAAAGCACUAGAUUUAGUAAAGAAGAACAAUCGCGUAUAUGCUGUAUAUUAACAACUGCUGAAUAUUGCUUAGAAACAACACAACAAUUGGAAGAAAAACUACGAGAAAAAACAGAUAAAUGUUAUGCAGAAAAAAUUAAUCUGUCUCAAGAACAAGAUAUUUUUCAUAAUGUUAUAUCAAAUUGUAUACAAUUACUUGUUCAAGAUUUAGAAUCUGCAUGUGAAUCUGCAUUAACUGCAAUGACAAAGGUUCAGUGGGGUGCCAUAGAAGUUGUUGGUGAUCAAAGUAAUUAUGUUAAUACUAUUGUGGCACAUCUUCGACAAACGAUACCUACUAUCAGAGAUAGAUUAUCCUCAUGUAGAAAAUAUUUUACUCAACUCUGUGUAAAAUUUGCAAGUUCAUUCAUAAUAAAAUUAGUACAACAAUUGUAUAAGUGUAAACCAUUAAAUACCGUAGGUGCCGAACAAUUGUUGCUAGAUGUACACAUGUUAAAAACUGCUCUCUUAGAUCUUCCAUCAACAGGUUAUCAAGUUCAAAGAAAAGCACCUGCUACAUAUACUAAAGUAGUAGUGAAAGGCAUGGCAAGUGCUGAAAUGAUUCUUAAAAUUGUAAUGUCUCCAAUAGAAUCUCCAAAAGACUUUGUAAAACAAUGUAGAAUACGUCUACCAGAUUUACAAGCACCAGAAUUUCAAAAGAUAUUGGAUAUGAAGGGUCUGAAAAAAACAGAACAAGUUUUACUAUUAGAACAAUUUAAGCAACCUGAGAAUACAGACGUUUCUCAUGAUAUUAGGAGUCAUAUCAUUCAAGAUAGCCCAGAACAUGAAGCCGGACGAAUAAAAAGAUUGGAAAAGUUAAUAAAAAAAAGAAUAUGAAUAUGUUUUAUAGUAAAACUUAUAUUGUAAUGUACAUAUUCAAAUUAAAUAUAAUUGUAACUAUAUAAAUAUUAAAAUUGCAUAAUUCUCUUA